AUGACAGUUGCAGCCAGACGCCUAGAGGACGAGAAUGGGAGAAAAGAGGUCGUUGGAAGCUACACUACCCAAAGUGGAAGCCGGGCCAGGAACAGAGGACUCCGGCAGAGCCUCGGCAGUAGGUCGGGUCGUGUAGCCCCGUACCGCUCACAGAACAGGCUCCCGGUGCGACCAGGACAACCAGGCGCGCACUUGCGCGUGCGCAAAAAGCCCAGCCUCCUCAGCCUUCUUCAGUUUGGAGCUGAAUUUCGUCGAUUUUCGCUGGAAAGAUCAAAACCUGGAAAAUUUGAUGAGUUUUAUGGAUUGCUGCAGCAUGUUCAUAAGAUACCCAAUGUUGACGUUUUAAUAGGCUAUGCAGACAUCCAUGGAGACUUACUACCUAUAAAUAAUGAUGAUAAUUAUCACAAAGCUGUUUCAACAGCUAAUCCACUGCUUAGGAUUUUUAUACAAAAGAAGGAAGAAGCAGACUACAGUGCCUUUGGUACAGACAUGCUAAUAAAGAAGAAGAAUGUUUUAACCAAUGUAUUGCGUCCUGACAACCAUAGAAAAAAGCCACAUAUAGUCAUUAGUAUGCCACAAGACUUCAGACCGGUAUCUUCUAUUAUAGAUGUGGAUAUUCUCCCAGAAACACAUCGUAGGGUUCGUCUUUACAAAUAUGGCACAGAGAAACCCCUAGGAUUCUACAUCCGGGAUGGCUCCAGUGUAAGGGUAACACCACAUGGCUUAGAGAAAGUCCCAGGGAUCUUUAUAUCCAGGCUGGUCCCAGGAGGUCUGGCUCAAAGCACAGGACUAUUAGCUGUUAAUGAUGAAGUCUUAGAAGUUAACGGCAUAGAAGUUUCAGGGAAGAGUCUUGAUCAAGUAACAGACAUGAUGAUUGCAAACAGUCGCAACCUCAUCAUAACAGUGAGACCAGCAAACCAGAGGAAUAACAUCAUUAGGAACAGUCGGACUUCUGGCAGCUCUGGCCAGUCUCUUGACAAUAGCCUUCUUGGCUAUCCACAGCAGAUGGAACCAAACUUUGAGCCAGAGGAUGAGGACAGUGAGGAAGAUGACAUUAUUAUUGAAGACAAUGGAGUGCCACAACAGAUUCCCAAAGCUGUUCCUACUACUGAGAGCUUGGAAUCAACACAAAUAGAACUCAGUUUUGAUUCUGGACCGAAUGGUUUUAUUCCUUCUAAUGAAGUGAACUUGGCACCCAUAGCAAGUGGCACAAACACAGAAUUUGAAACAUGUGCUUCAGAUCAAAAACUCUUAGAAGAAGAUGGAACAAUCAUAACAUUAUGA